ACCAUGCACCAUCGCUUGCUCUUUCUUCUCCCAGCAGUCCCAUGGCAUGGGCUCAUUUGGGCAAAGUUGCUCCCUUUUGCGCACAAAGCCAAUAUGAUGCAGUCACUCUUGUCCCACAUCGCUUGUACUUCCAUCCCUCCCCCCUCACCUGCCCAACCUCGCCCGCUUCUUCCUGCUGUGGAUUCUCCUGCUUCAUUACAGUUAUCCCCCCUCUGGGACCAUAUCGCCUCGGUGCACUGAAUCUGCUUCUUUAUCCGCGAGUUGUUCUCCGGAGGAAGUGGGCCAGCAUCGACUCAUCGCAUAAGAGUGCUGGGUCCCCGUUCACAGUGUCGCCUUUUUUCCUCGAGAAAAUAAAGGGGGUCCGCAAGAGACAUCCGAAGGAAACGCUUCUUGAAAGUGAGCCACGGAAGCGGAUUUGCAUCAUGGAGUCGCCCUCCUCGCUGAGCCAGCAUCGCCAUGCCCGCGACGGCAACGAGGUCCUGCCUGUUGAUCCGGUCAUCCAAAUCUUCAUGCAUCUUUCCCUGCAUCCUCAAGACCUGCUCAACUGCGCCCUCACAACCCGCCACUGGGCUCGACCAGCCCUUCAGGAAUUAUACCGACAUCCCUGGACCUAUCUCUUCAACUAUCAGUUUGACACGGAGGGUCGUGUUAUGGACAAGCACGGAUCGAUGCUCCUGCUCAGGACUCUAUUUCAGGGAUGCACGGACCCCACGAAGACAACGUUCCCGUACGCCAGUUUCGCCAGGAGUGUCAAUCUCAAGUGGGUGCACGAUACCUUUGAUCUGCCCGAGGUUGAUAUCCAGACCCUGACCGGGCUCCGCUGGACCAGGAAUGAGGCCCCCAAGGACUUUUUGAUUCGUCAUUUACUCGCUAACCGACCCUACCUAAACGAUUUUGUUCAUUGCCACGCCCCUCGGCUACCUCGCUGCCUCUUUGCACACAUGACAACUGCAACAGUCAACAAUUUCGCGGAUGAGGUUGCAGUCGAGGGCACAAACGCAUCAACAGCCCUUGCUGCCGAAGGAGUAAUAGCGGACGGCUCGGUCUCUGGUCUGGAUACCGCUACUACAAUUAACACUGCAAACACCGCAAGCACCGACAGUGAUGAUUGGGCCAACAUGAUGCAGCAGGUUACGGACGAUGAGUUCAUGCCAUCUCUCGAUGUCAGUUUGCUGACAACACCUCCGCUGUUACCUGUUCAGCAACCCAUUGCGACUGCAAUGCCACUGGUCCAUUCUGUUACCGCAAGCACGGCCGCAGUAGAGGAGCCUUCGUCGCACUCGGGCAGCGAUCACAACGACACACACGAAUCAUUCUUGCAGAUUCUCAACUCGGAUAGUACACAGUCAGCCGAAGUCGCUUUCCUUCCAUCACCUCCGUCACCAAUCUUACUUACGCCCGCGCUGGAUCAGCCAGGAUCGCACCUUGCAGGUAUCUCAACCAGUGUGGUUGAAGAGAUCGACCAAGGCGCCACCGCUGAAGUCGACGAGAACACUGGAGUGAUCAGCGUGGUUGAGGAGAUCGAAAACGCAACAACCCCAGAAGGAGGGAGCGAGAUGGCAGGUACCCUGGAGUCGACCCUCAUGGAGCCUGGCCCAGAGACUACCGGUCAAGUCGUCGUGCAGUCCCUCUCAGCUGUAUUGGCUUCAGCUUCCUCAUCCUCAGCGCAAUCUAUUCCAAACGACGCCCAUCCAGUGUAUGCGUUCCAACAUCCAUAUGCAUCCACUGCAUUUUCUCAUCCCCACUCGCGCGCUGCGACACCCUCUUCAGGCAGCUCGUCUUCGAGGCCGUUCCUCGCUACCUGGCCAUUGACGAUGGAGCAGACACAUAGCCUGGUCUAUCUGGAUCUGCGCUAUGCGAUCGUCUCCGAUUCUCUAAUCGUUUCCUUAGCCCUGAACUGCCACAAGAUUGAGCGUCUCAAAGUGGCGACUCAUUGGCAACACUACCCGCACUCUUACUCGGUUACGGACAACGCACUCACUUGUCUCGUGGCGGCGCAACAAUGCCUCAAGUUGUUACAUGUCGAGAACCACCGAGAGAUCAGUCAGGGACACGAAUUGGUCAGGACAAUCGACACGCUGGGCAAGGUGCAUGGGUCGAGUCUCGAGACCUUGGUGCUCAAGUCUCACGAUUUCCAAAACUGUAAUCUAGCAGCCUUCGGGAAGGCCUGUAAGAAGCUCGUCAAAUUUGCAGCACCCGGAGGCAUGCAUCUGUUCCGCGAAGAAGUCCUCCAGUUGACCGAGGCUUGCAAGCUGACACUGGAGCACCUCGAUUUCUCGAACUCUGACAUCGAGACGGAUUCCUUGAUGGCUAUCAUGAAGGGCACGUCUUCACCUCAGUCUGCGAGGGGCACCCUCAAGGCUCUGAUUCUGUUGGGCAUGGAGGACACCUUGAAUACGGAGACAUGUCUGGCGAUUGGAGAGUAUGCAUCGGGUUUGGAUUGCUUCCGUCUUGACAUCCUGGAGUCCGAGGCCAAGGACGUGAGCCUUAUGUUGAGUCGAUCCUGCGCCCUCAACUUGCGUGUACUGACACUUGGAUGUCACGAUGUGCACGGUGAUCUCGCGAACGAUAUUCUGGAACAGAUCGCUCUCAACUGCAAGAAUGUCGAGUUGUUGGAUGUUAAUCACUGGCAGUUUUCUGCAAAGGCGAUCAAGAAGGUUUUGCGGGAGUGUGGCAUGUUGAGGUACCUCAAUGUGAGUUAUACAGAUCUUGAAGAGAGCACCGCGGACAUCAUUUGUCGAUGCUUGGGUGAGGUCAAGAAGGCGACUGUAGUCCCGGUCAGUCCUCCUGCGGAUGAUUCCAUUUCAACUCCCUCACCCGCCGCAGUAUUUACGUCUUCUCAACUGCAAACUCCUGCGACGAUACAGAUGGGAGAAGCAGUGGUUCAAGAAUCGAUAGUCGUGCAGGAAGAGUGGUCUCAGGAAGCAUCGACUACUCUUCACAAUUCAGUGGAUGAGACGGUAGAGAAUCUUGAUGAAGAGCGACCCGAUAUCUUGCGAAAGCGAGGCGUAGAUAUGCGAGCCAAGGGCGACGAAGAUGGCGAUGAGGAGGAUUAUAUGGACACCAAUAUGGAUAGCGAUCAGCAGCAUGCUACGCCGGUUUAUUCUGCAAACGGAGGCAAGAAACAAUCGCAGAUGGGUCUUGUCCACCACCACCUAAAUGCUAUGGACCUGCGUACGAUCAUGAACCUCGAUCUGGAUGAGGCCAUCGAGAUGGAUUUGUUGAUGGGUGUGGACGAGGAUACGGGCAUGGAUCUAGACAUGUGCUUGGAUCUUCAGAGAUAUCAUCGCAAUAGCUCUUACAAGGGCAUCCAUGGCGACCAGGACAACGCAGAAGGCGAAGACAUGGAUAUGACUGACGUGGACGACGAGGAGGCAGAGAUAGAGCGCGCGAUGAUGGGCACCGCCAACGAUAUUGACGAAGGUGAUGAGGACGAGGAUGGCAGCCGAUAUGCGCGGUCCAAGGAACCGAAGGGCAAGGAGGUCUAUAUUGACCGCGACUUUGGUGACAAUUACCAAGACAAUGUUUCGACGAUUUUCACGUCGCUUGCGCCGACGUAUUCGUCGUCAUAUGGAUCCACAUCCUCCUCCGCAUCCUCCUCGUCCUCAUCCUCCGGAUCGUCGGCCAACAUCAUGGGUCAGGCGCAAAGUGGCCAGGUGUUGCUUUCAACAGCAGAGACAGGCAGUCAAGCCUUAUUCGAUUGCAUGCCAUUGCUCCCUCCUCUCCCCAUUCCAUCGAUGCAAGUGAAUGAUAAUGAAUUAGAUCCGAUGGCGGUCUCUAUGAGCACCUCUGUUUAUACUACUGGUGAGCAGGCAAUCCAGGGACCACCAGCUACAGGUGGCACUCCAGAGUGCACGAUGGAGAGUGAGCAGGUAUCUUAUGACUCACAAGCCACGCCAACCAUCACAAGCGCUGACGAUACUUGUACAGCAAGCGAGGCAGAGACCCCAUCUUCAGCUUCCACAGAGACAAGGUCGGAUGAGACGCCCGUGUGCAAUGUAUCCGAAGCAGAAGAAGAAGCAGAAGCAGAGGACAAGGCGCUCACAUGGACUCGUGAGUCGAGGCUGGAGCAGGUGAAUGUCGAAUGCUGUACGCAUCUAUCACUGGCGACCAUGAGCAAAAUCAAGACGCUUGCGUGCGAGCGACAGGCGGAUUUGGCUCGACAGGGACGCAAGAAAAGUCGUAUCUGGGUCGAGAACGAGCACGACAUGAUGAUGACCCGGUUGACAAUGGAGAGGGGACCAGAACUGCCGGCGUGGAGAAUGAGGACGAGCAUCAUCACGGGUGAAUCGAACGCUAGCUCCACUGGCGACAGCGUGGAUAACAGUAACGCGUCUGGGACACCAAGUUCAGAUGCUCCUGCAGGCGAAGGGUCACCAGAGCAGCAUUCUGAGCAACCACCGCAAGGCCAGCAGCAACAACAACAACAGCUAGAGGAAGAGAUGCUGAGUGCCGCCGUCGUCACAGAGGACGAACCCAUGAUCUCGACAGCGACCGUGGAGGUUGUGGCAUAGUUAUCGGUCUCCUGGUCCCAUUAAUCGUUCUUUUCAUCGUUCU